GUGGGAACUGAUCCAGAAAAACUCCGAGAUCCAACACAACUUAUUACCUUGCAACACUUGACAACCGCUAACUGGUCAUUCGUACCGCGAAUCAAUCCAGAUAUUUUCUUGCUGACAUGUCAAGGGCAUUUUCGGUAUAAACCACUUUAUCCUUCAACUGCAUGGCGGCCCACACUGAUUCAACAGACCUUUAACUCAUCUCACACCACACCACGUGUCCACUCCAAUCGUAUAUACACACGUUAUCACCCUCCAUCCUACCUAUUCACUAUCGUGGCACAUUCUGGACCCUCGCUUCCUCCACGUCAUCAUAACGAUUAUAAUAUCUUCUUAAUUCAUCAACCAGUAGAUCGUAACCGUUCUCUGUUCUCGACGACGACGUUUUACAAACCCUAGAUUCACGCUUCACUUCAUACAAGUUUCUAAAAGUUCACAAUAAUUUGUCUACAGAUUUGACUGAAUUGUUCGUGUUUCAGCUGUGAGUCAAAGAUUUGAUGUUCGUAUCUCCGUUAUUCGCGUAAAUUGUGUUUUUGCUGUUGGAUGAUUGGAUGCUUCGUCUGUUUGGAAGAAAACUAAAGGAGGUGAAGGAAGUGUGAGAUGGAGGUGCGGUUAAUGGUAAAAGGUUGUUUGGAGAAAGAGGAGUUGAGGAUUAAUGAGGAUGUUAGUGGUAGCGAUCGUGUAGAGUCGGUUAAACAGCAACAGCAACAUGAAGGAGCUGUGAUUCAGUGGGAUAGGUUUUUGCCUCUUAGGUCUCUCAAAGUUCUGCUUGUGGAAGAUGAUGACUCGACUCGUCAUGUUGUCAGGGCGCUGCUGCGUAAUUGCAGCUAUGAAGUUACUGCUGUAGCUAAUGGUCUAGAAGCAUGGAAAGUACUAACUGAUCUCAACAAACAAAUUGAUCUAGUUUUAACCGAGGUAGUCAUGCCACAUCUCUCAGGAAUUGGUCUUUUGUCCAAGAUCAUGAACCUCGUACCUCGCAAAAAUACUCCAGUGAUCAUGAUGUCAUCUGAUGACUCUAUGGGUAUAGUCUUUAACUGUUUAUCUAAAGGUGCAGUUGACUUUUUAGUCAAACCCAUUCGUAAGAAUGAGCUUAAAAACCUCUGGCAGCAUGUGUGGAGGAAAUGCCACAGUUCUAGCGGCAGUGAGAGUGAGAGUGGUGUUGGUGCUCAUAAACCUACCAAGGCAAGAAGCAUUGAAAUCUCUGAUGAUGAGAGUGAUGAAAGUGAUGAGGAUGAUGACAGGAGCAUGGACCUGAUAGCUAAGGAUGGAAGUGAUGAUGGAAGUGGCACUCAGAGUUCUUGGCCAAAAAGAGUGGUAGAAGUUGAAACCACAAAGUAUCAAAAUCCCCCUGAUACCACUUGUGCCCAGGUUGUCCAUGCAAGACCAGAUAAAACUAGCACAAGAGAGCAUGCUGGAGAGGAUGAUAAAUUAGAUGCGAUUGCGAUGGGGAAAGAUUUGGAAAUAGGAGCCCCUAGAAAAUUAGAAAGAACCAUUGAGUCAAACUUGAAGGAAACGAGUGAACCAAGAACCAAGUCUACUACUAAUGUUAUGAUCGGGAAAUUAAAUGCGUCGCCGAAUAGUAAGUGCUCACGUGCCCUUGACCUCAGUUUGAAGAGACAACUCGACGUGGAGGAUACUAAUGUCAGCACUCAUAAAAGAAAUGUUCUAAAACAGUCUGAUCUUUCAGCAUUCUCCAGGUAUAACAACACCACAUCGAAUGCGAAUCAAGCUCCAACCACAAACGCAGGCAGCUGUUCGCCACUAGCCGUUACAAUUAGCUCGGAAGCAGCGAACCCCAUGAACAUACAAUCUAACUCAAAUGGAGCCCCGAAUCAACGUUCUAAUGACAGUAGCACUCUUAAUAACGAUAUGGGCUCAAGCACCAACAAUGCAUUGGAUGGUGUGCCUAAUCCUCUUGAGGGUGACAAGGCGGCACGGUUUCAAGUCCACCACGAUGCCCACAAGAUACAACAGCAGCAAGAAAUGGCGAACCAAGAUGAUGGGUCAUCAAGAAACGUUGUGUCUAAUGGUUCGACUGCACCAGCUGAAACAAAUUAUGGAAGUGCAUCAGGAAGUAAUAGUAAGAGUAAUGGUGAGAAUAGAAACAGUGGUGAAAAGGGUGACAGCUAUGCCGCCGUAAUUGAAGGUGGUGAUAAUGGACUCGCUGAAAAGGGUAAAUUUGGAAAUAUAAGUGGAAGUGGGGGUGAUCAAGACCGAUUAGCUCAGAGAGAAGCUGCCCUCAGUAAGUUCCGGCAAAAGCGAAAAAAUAGAUGUUUUGAGAAAAAGGUGCGAUAUCAGAGCCGAAAAAAGCUGGCAGAACAGAGGCCACGUGUUCGUGGGCAAUUUGUCAGACAAGGUGGGAAAGAUGCAGAUUCAUAAGGAAGGGUUAUAUGGAUUAUGGUGUAUGUAUAUGAAGAUGUAGAUAUGAAGGGAACGUUUUUCAUCAAGGACUCUUCAGAAACAAGUCUCAUUCGUGCAAAUGUGUUUCUGCUUUAUAGAGUUUAUUAUUUUUUAUUUCUUUUAAUGUAUUUGAUAUAGUGUUUAAGUAAAUGACACGUUUAGUUAUAAGUCAUGUAGAUUCAAUAAGUGUGUUGAACUGGUUAAGUUAACGACUUAACACAACACAUUUUGCUGAAUUUAGUUUAAUGUAUUAGAACAGUUAUAACUAUAUAAUCAACAAACAUAUGAUGACAUUCUUAUUGGCG